AUGUCAGAAAGUAAAUCUUAGUUGAGAAUAGGAUUUAUUCAUCCUGAUUUAGGUAUAGGAGGAGCUGAAUAAUUAAUAGUUAAUAUGGCUGUUGCUCUUAAAAAGUAAGGGCAUAAUGUAAUUAUCUACACUCCAUAUCAUGAUCCUAAGCACUGCUUUUAAGCAACAAUAGAUGGAACUAUACCCGUCGAAGUGAGAGGAGCCAUAGUACCUUAAACAAUAUUUGGUAAACUUUGGGCUCUCUGUGCUACUAUUAGAGUCAUUUUUUGUACUUUAUAUUUGAUUUGCUUUGGGUUUAAAUUUGAUGUAGUCAUUGUAGAUUAGGUAAGUCCUGCAGUUCCUCUACUUCGUCUUUUCAAUAGAAAAUGCCUUUUUUACUGUCAUUAUCCUGACAAGUUGCUCUGUGUUGAAAGAAGAUCUAUUUUGAAAAAGAUAUAUAGAUUUUUUUUAGACUACAUAGAAGAAUUCAGCUUAUUAUUUGCUAACAAAAUUUUAGUUAAUAGUAAUUUUACACGUGAAGUUUACUAGAGAUCAUUCAAAUAUCUUAGUAAAUAUAAUAAUCCUGAAAUAUUAUAUCCUGCAAUAGACUUUUCAAGCUUCGAUGAUACUAUAAAAUAAUCAGCACCAGUAGAUUCAAAGGCAAGCCCAUUUUUCUUGUCACUCAACCGUUAUGAACGUAAGAAAAAUAUUAACUUAGCUAUUUAAGCAUUUGCAUAAUUUGUCAAGGAGUCAGCUUCUAAUAAUCAAUUUAAGCUUAUAAUUGCUGGAGGAUAUGAUGAAAGAAUAGCUGAAAAUGUUGAACACCAUAAGGAGUUAUUGUCUCUUGCUAAAGAAUUAAAUGUGGAAGACAAAGUUGUAUUUAAAUUUAGUAUCUCAAACAAAGAAAGAACUUAAUUAUUAUAAACUGCUCAAGCAGUAUUAUAUACACCAGAAAACGAGCAUUUCGGAAUAGUUCCUGUUGAAUGCAUGUAUAUGAAGCGUCCUGUACUUGCUUGCAAUAGUGGUGGCCCAAAGGAGAGUGUUGUUGAUGGUGAAACAGGAUUUCUUUUAUAAAGUAAUCCAUCCGAUUGGUCAAAAAAAAUGGAUUGGAUUGCUAAGAAUCCCUCUAAAGCAGCUGAGAUGGGACAAAACGGCAGAAAGAGGGCUAUCGAAAAGUUUGGAUUGGAAGCAUUUGCUGAAUCUAUCGAUAAGAGUGUGAGAGAAAUUUGCUAACCAGGCUCUAAAAAGAACAAUUGA